GGCAGAAUUCACAAAUCAAAAGAUAUAGUCUUGCCAAACCAACUCAACAAGAUAAACCACAUAGCUGUUGAUAUUGGGGGUUCUUUGGCAAAAAUUGUCUACUACAAUCAUAAAAAGAAGACCAUCAAAUUCUACAAAAUCGAAUCUUCUCUAAUUCCAUCUUUUUUCUUCUUUCUCAAAAAAUUAAUAUCUUCUCUUGAAAAUGACGUUUCUUUUGAAUCCAACUAUAACAUCAAUAACAGCCAAAACAUCUCAAAUCCUAAUCAACAGUUUAAAAACAACUCCAUAAAUAUUGCAGCCACUGGUGGUGGUGCUGUUAAAUUUGAAAAAUUAAUAUCUCAUAACAAAUCUCAUAACAAAUCUCCAUACUUGAGAGCCUUUGAUGAAAUGGAAUGUCUCAUAGUCGGUUUAAAUUUUUUAAUAAACAAUAUUCCCGAUGAAAUUUUCAUAUACGAUGAAUCCUUGAAAGAUAUAUCCGAUUACGAUCUAAAAAGAAUUCGCUUUAUUAAAUUCCACGAAUUACUAUCCUCAAAAUCCUCAUUAUCUUUGAAUUCUCCACUAGACUCCUCAAUAGAUUCUUCCUCUUCUCUUCACUCAAUAUAUCCCUACCUAUUGGUUAAUAUAGGCUCAGGUGUUUCCAUGAUAAAAGUCACUGGUCCAAAAUCCUUUGAAAGAAUCGGUGGUUCUUCCAUCGGCGGCGGAACUUUAUGGGGCCUAUUGUCUUUAUUAACAAACGCAAAGUCCUACGAUGAUAUGCUACAUAUGGCCUUAAAUGGUGAUAACGCAGGUGUUGACAUGUUGGUUGGCGAUAUCUAUGGCACUGAUUACAAUAAAAUUGGCUUGAAAUCAACAACAAUCGCUUCAACUUUUGGAAAAGUUUUCAAAAAAAUAACUGGCCAAGUUAAUGGCGGCUACGAUAAUAACGAUGAAAGCGUCUUUGACAGCGAAUUUGACUCAAAAGAAUCCUUAUCUUUCAAUAGACUUUCCCAAUUCAAACAAGAGGAUAUAUCCAGAUCUCUACUAUACGCCAUUUCCAACAACAUUGGUCAAAUAUCCUACCUACACGCUGAAAAACACAAUCUAAAAAAAAUAUUCUUUGCUGGCAGCUUCAUACGAAACCAUAUAAUAACUAUCAGAACUCUCAGCUACGCCAUAAACUUUUGGUCGAAUGGCAAUAAAAGAGCCUAUUUCUUAAGACAUGAAAGCUAUUUAGGCAGUCUUGGUGCCUUUUUA